GCCAAGGUGAUCGUCCCGAACAGCACCGCCGGGCUGAUCAUCGGCAAGGGCGGGGCCACCGUCAAAGCCAUCAUGGAACAGUCGGGCGCUUGGGUCCAGCUGAGCCAGAAGCCCGAAGGCAUCAACCUCCAAGAACGUGUGGUGACCAUCAGCGGUGAACCCGAGCAGAUCCACAAGGCCGUCGACAUCAUCGUUCAGAAGAUCCAGGAGGAUCCACAGAGCAGCAGCUGCCUCAACAUCAGCUACGCCAACAUUACCGGCCCGGUGGCCAACUCUAACCCAACCGGAUCUCCCUACGCCAACUCUACAGACGUUCUACCAGCGGCCGCCGCUGCUGCCACCGCUUCGGGCUUGUUGGGCCACACCAGCUUGGCCGGCGUCGGAGCCUUCCCGGCUGCCCUGCCCGGUUUUUCCGGCAGCGACCUCUUGGCCAUCAGCACAGCCCUCAACACCUUAGCAAGUUAUGGAUACAACACCAAUUCUUUGGGGCUCGGCCUCAAUUCGGCCGCCGCUUCUGGGGUCCUGGCCGCGGUGGCCGCCGGAGCCAACCCAGCUGCUGCGGCUGCCGCUAACCUCUUAGCUUCGUAUGCCAACGAAGCUUCUACGAGUACCACGGCCCCGGCUGGUGCAGUUGGCGCUUUCACCUUGGGCUCUUUAGCAGCGGCCACCGGGGCGGCCAACGGCUACUUAGGGACCGCCUCCCCGCUGAUGGCCAGCUCCUUCCUAGCCACUGAGAAGCUGGUGGAAAGCGCCAAAGAUAUGGUGGAGAUCGCGGUGCCGGAAAACCUAGUGGGUGCCAUUUUGGGCAAAGGUGGGAAGACGUUGGUCGAGUAUCAGGAGCUGACAGGGGCCCGGAUCCAGAUUUCCAAAAAGGGGGAGUUUAUUCCAGGUACCAGGAACCGUAAAGUCACCAUCACGGGCACGCCAGCCGCCACUCAAGCCGCGCAAUAUCUCAUCAGCCAGCGAGUAACGUACGAGCAAGGAGUCCGGGCCACCAACCCACAGAAAGUGGGAUAA